CCCAGAACCAGCCCGGAAGUUGGUCGUUUAUUGACAAUAUGGCCACCGAGCUCGGCUUGGAUUUGGGGAUAAUUUUGAUUUGACAGCACAGACCGGAGGAGAUUCCGAAAUAAAACCGACUUCCGCCUCAGGAGUGUACGGAGCCGAUGCGUUUGAAUGAAGGGAUUCGUGGGACGUCCCUGGGACGGUGAUAGUGAGCAGAGGAAGCGUCCAGAGUGCGAAACCCGUCAUGUCGUUUUUUAAGAGGAAAGCCAAAAGCAAGGAACCCGAGAGAGUAACGGAUGCUAAAGUUAACAAAGUUCCAGUCAGCCCCCACUCUCCAUCACACGGACUGAAGAACCACAAUGCCGUCCUGGACGCCGCCGGGCCGAGCCACGUGGCCAUCAGCGCCAUAUCAGCCAACAUGGACUCCUUCGCUCGGGGCCGCACCGCCAUCCUCAAGAAGCAGCCGAGCCACAUGGAGGCGGCGCACUUCGGAGACCUCGGGCAUUCCAGCGUGAAUUAUCAGCCCCAGGAGACGCGCUCUCGGAUGUCCAAGACAGUGGACCAGGUCCUCAGAGACAAUGUGGCAAUGCCCCACUUCCUGCACUGCAUGGAGCAGCGGGGCGCCGACCACCUCGUUCGGUUCUGGCUCGAGGCCGAGAGCUUCCGCUCGGCCAGCUGGUCGCGGGUCCGAGCGCAAAACCUCAACUCCGUCAAACACAGCUCGCUGGCCGAGCCGGUCCCCGUCUCUCCGGACGGGCCAGAGCUCGAUCAGAACGCGUUCAACGACCCUGCCCUCCACAACAGCCGCGGGAACCCGUCGCCGCUGUCCCCCCGGAGGGACUCGUCGAGUGGGGAAGCCAAGCCGUCUCGGGCGGAGACCCCCAGCAGACAGGCGCCUUCCAGGACAGGGACGCCCUCUAAGGGACAUCCCAACAACACUCUGAGAGACUUCUCAGACACUCUCAUGAAAAGUAUAGAAAAGGAUGCUGUUACCAUCUUCACCAAAUACAUUUCUCCAGAUGCUGCAAGGCCCAUCCCCAUCACAGAGCAGAUCAGAAACGAUAUAGUCGCUAAGAUUUGCGGAGAGGACGGCAUGGUGGACCCAAACUGCUUUGUCAUUGCACAGUCGGUUGUCUUCUCCAUACUGGAACAGCACUUUACCGAAUUCCUGCGGAGCCACCAUUUCUGUAAAUACCAGAUUGAAGUUUUGACGAGUGGCUCCGUGUUCCUGGCUGACAUCUUGUUCUGUGAGUCAGCGCUCUUCUAUUUCUCAGAGUACAUGGAGAAGGAAGAGGCGAUGAAUAUACUACAGUUCUGGCUGGCUGCGGAUAACUUCCAGAACCAGUUGGCUGCUAAGAAAGGCCAGUAUGAUGGCCAGGAGGCUCAAAACGACGCCAUGAUCCUCUAUGAUAAGUAUUUCUCACUCCAGGCCACCAAUCCUCUGGGCUUCGGCGACUCUGUGCGGAUGGAGAUCGAGUCGAACAUCUGCCGGGAGGGAGGGCCGCUCCCCGACUGUUUCACCACUCCUCUCAGACAGGCCUGGACGACCAUGGAGAAGGUGUAUUUGCCCGGUUUCCUGUCCAGCAACAUAUACUACAAAUACCUGAGCGACCUCAUCAACUCGGUGCGGGGCGACGAGUUCGUGAACAUGAGCGGUCAAGGUCAAGGUCAGGGCGUGCCGGGAGACGGCGACCGCUCUGGCUUGAACGCCGGCGGCGAGAGCUCCCAGGUUCAGCAGGGAGCCAAGAAAGCAGCCAUCAAGAUUCUGAAGAACUUCGACGAGGCGAUCACCGUCGACGUGGCCAGCCUGGAUCCAGAGAUGCUCUACCAGCGGCCGUACGCUGGAAAGAUGACUUUCGGAAAGGUGAACGAGUUGGGUCAGUUCAUCAGAGAGGCCGAGCCAGAACCUGAUGUGAAGAAAUCAAAAGGUUCCAUGUUUUCUCAAGCAAUGAAGAAAUGGGUCCAGGGCAACUCAGACGAGGUGAGAUAAAAUUUU